GAACAAACCUACCUCUGACUGCGUGAAGCUGAACGUGCGUCCAGCUGUGCUUUCGCGAUCUGAUCUAGUGGCCUAAUUCUAGAAUCAUCGGGGAGCGUCGUACCGACGUCACACUAGGAACCCUUCCAUACUUUAUUGGCAUUCUCAUUAGUCGAAAACUUUGCAGCGAGAUGCUACGGUAGCAUUUCGCUGCUCGUAAAAAUCCAGCCUAUCAUGACCCUGCGUGAUCCGUUUGGUCCUCGUAUUUCGGUUCCCCGAUACUUUUCAACUGGCAAUGGACAACCUCCAAAAUUUGGAAGAGAGAUGUGAAGAUGCAGUUUUCAAAGUCUGCGACGCUAGAGAACGUUUUUCAAGAAAAUGUGCAGAGGGACUCGACAACUAUCUAUUUUUGGAAACCAGGCUGGUGAUGAAAUCCGUUGUCCUCGAAUCGAUACCACUGGGCCUAGAUUUUGGAAUUCCCUCGCAUAUCGCUGAACAAGUACAAAGAAACUGUGAACAACGUCAGCCAGUUCGUUGCAAUUGGAAUGACCGUGCUAAACAGUUACAGUGUAUGAUGGAUAAAAUAGACGAAUUAAAAAUUGUACUUAAACAAGUUGAGGACAAUAGAAAUUUUGAACUGAGUCAUCAUUUUAGAUGAGUUGAGGAUUUUCAGUCGUUUUGCGUGACACAGUUGCAAUGUUCACUGCGUUUAAAAAAACAAAUGCAUUCAACGAUCGCUCACAAGAUAUGGAAUUGUGAGAUGAUUUAGAUACCUGGAACAAUCUGAUUGAACAAUUAGUACACUUAUCUUUUUAGAGAAAGAAGCAAACAUUUCAUGUUGGGAACAAUUUAUUAGUAGAAAAAUCAAACACGUUGAAUAAUUUUGAGGAUUUACUCAUUACGGCCGUUGCUGAAGUAACGUAAUGUAUUUGAAUCUCUUAGCGGACCAGUUUAUCGAUUUACCGAGAGGAUUUCGUGAACUGUACUGAUCCAAGCUACCCGACGCAACUAUCGUUUGGCCCACGCUUGAACGUAACAUUUCCGUUUCACGGAAUUCUAUCGAUAUAUUCAAAUUUUUAUAUUUACACAGGUAUAGCGUAAUGUUUCUUAAAAACUGUUACUUUAUAUUAAGGCAAUCCGAUACUGUACAACGUGAUAGUUUUCCCUUGAUUGUCCAAUAAUUACGAAAUAUUGCUAAUUUUAAGAAAUACAAAACCAUGCCUUACACA